AGUAUGGAAUAGUGCCGUGCCGGACUGUGCGCCGAGUAUACCGAGUGUGCGCCGUACCAGUUUUGUUGGGUAGUUAAGAUGGCGGACGAUGAUUUUGUCACGAUCUCCGAUCAGGAAAAAGUACGUGUUGUAUCGGACUUUAUACUUCAUUCACCACCGGGUGAAUUCAACGAGGUUUUUAACGACGUAAGGGUUUUAUUGAACAACGACAACUUAUUAAAAGAGGGUGCAUCAGGGGCAUUUGCUCAAUACAAUAAGGACCAGCUCACGCCUGUUAAGAUUGAAGGGAGUGAUUACCCAGCGUUAAUAACCGAGCACAAUGACUUGGGGAGCCAGAGGUUUUAUGAUGCUCGCAGUAAGCAGAGUUUCAAGUACGAUCAUUUGAGGAAAGAGGCUACAGAUUACGAACCCUACGAGCCUGAUCCAACGGCUGAGCCGUGGAGAUCAGCUCUUCAGGAGGAAAUGAUAAGUUAUACUCAGAGCCACUAUAGACACGGUGUUUGUUCAGUCUUUGGAAAGAGUCAAGGAGGCAACAUAACACUAACAGUGUGCAUAGAAGACCACCAAUUCCAACCGAAAAACUUCUGGAACGGUCGUUGGCGUUCAGUGUGGACAGUGUCAUUUAGCACAAGUUCGAGUAAUGCUGAAUUACGUGGUAGUCUCAAAGUUCAAGUGCAUUAUUACGAAGAUGGUAAUGUACAAUUGGUAAGCAGUAAAGAGAUUAAAGAGAGCCUACCAAUAACGAGUGAGAAGCAAACAGCCAAGGAGUUGAUACGCAUUGUCGAGGAAUCUGAGAAUGAUUAUCAAACGGCAAUAUCAGAGAAUUAUCAGACGAUGUCUGAUACAACAUUCAAGGCACUUCGAAGACAACUUCCUGUUAUGCGAACGAAAAUGGACUGGAACAAAAUUGUCUCGUACAGUAUUGGGAAAGAGCUUAAGAGUCAAUAGAAGAUAGAUUUUUUUAUAUUAAUUAAAUAAGAGAAUUAAACAAUGAGGAAUGAGGCAUUUUGCUGAACACAAAGGAAAAAUUUAAAAACAAAACUGAAAAUAAUUAUAAUUGAAUAAUGAAUCAGUCUGGAGGUGUGAUGUGUACGUGGGCAAAAUGUAACGUGCGCAAAACGAAAUUUAUGAAGAAAUAAAAGCAUUCGAGUUGCAGUUGACGAUCAUUUUUUCAGUCUCAUUCGUCAACAGAGGGAUGAAGUAUUCAUUGAAUGCUCAGCAUUUAUGAAAUUGGGGCUAAUCAGGCUGCACAAUGAACUAUAAACUAUUUCCCUUCGUAGUUAGCACAAUGAAAAAAAUGUUUUUUACGUCAUGAUAUCGUUGAACGAUUCAAAAAUUAAUUAAACAAUUCAAUCAUUUCUCAUGAUAUAUUUUUAUUACUCAAAACAUCGAGUGUAUGUGAAUACUGAACAUUUUUAGAAACUCUCUUAUUGCAUUUAUACCAUCAACUUUUACAACAGACAAUGAUUUUAUACCUAAAUGAAGACGCCACAUAAUUCGUGCGUUGGGAGUUCAAUAGAAAGAGAAUAUGAAUUUUAAUUGAUUAACAAUUGUUUCUCCAUUGUUUCCAAGCAGAAAGUUGAUAAACUUUUUGGUGCUAUUCGCUUGCCACACAUUGCACAGCCAGACCCAUUGAAAAAUGCAAAACUCAGAAUAAAGAAUAAAAGAGAAUUUUAAAAAUAACUAAAUGAGUGAAUAAAACAAAUUGAAUCAUCAUGAAGUACAUAAAUGCAUUGUACAUUGUAGAUUGUAGCCUAUAAUAGCCUGCUGGAGCCUUAAUUAAUAUGUUUCACAAUUUUUUUUUUCAAUUGUUCUCUUUUCUUUUUCAUUAAUAAGAAUUUUUGUAUGUAAAUAGGUUAUUUCGGAUGAAUGAUAAAUGCCAAGAAUAAAAUAUGCCCCAGCAUUGGAAUAUCUCAA